GAAGGUGAGAAAGGCAGGCAACACAGGCAUGAAUGAACACAGGCGAACCUUGUGAUAGUAUCAGGCAGGGAUAGUACACUGGAGCAGAACAGCCUUUAUAACUAAGACACAUGCCUAUAGAUAUGUAUUUAUACGUAUUGGACUUAGAAUAUAUCAUUGCAAUCGAUCCACCCUCAUUUUCUAUGCUAUCUUUAACCUGCCUGACUUUGGAAAAAAAAUAACCUUCUAAUGAACCUAUACCGGUAGUUAUUCCAUCUUAACAUUGCAUUUGUUCGACAGUAGGUUGUACAUUUAUUUAUUACUGGGUUGUUUAUUUUUUUAAAGAAACAGUCACAUUUAACGCUCCUUUCUUAGAAUCAUCAAAUUGAAAUGUUUAUAUAUUCGUGCGCAUUAUUUGUUUGCCUUUUCGGUAUUUAUUUGCAAUGGAUUUUUAUUAUUAUUUUUAAAAAGACCACUGAAGUGAUGGGUGCAAAGAACUAGACGGCGCCUCACCUUGUUUUGAGUUUCCAGUCGAUGAUUGAUUAUUCUAAUCUCAGUUUGUGAGUUAGAGGGCUUGGUCGUCAGAGGUAUACUGGUGUCAUUUAUACUGCCUAGCGACUGGGAAAUAAUAUUGUGGCCUUUUAACAGCUCUAUUCAUUCAUGAUGUAAAAGCCUUAACUGCAUUACAAAAUAUGGCGCUUUUUUCGAAGGGGGAAAAAUAGAUGAAUGAACUAAUAGGCCGUGUUUAUAUAUAUAUGAAAUAUAGAUGCCGUGAAAGCGCGUCGUUUUUUCAUGUGAUCCUUCCAUUUUGUGUUGCUUUUCUAGAAAAUGGUUUCCUAGGACGAAAACACUUAAACCCUUCCCUUGUUGAAAUUACCCAUUCUGUUUGCUAAGAUAAGAUGGAGUUGCUUUGGUUGUCCAUAAACGAUUGGGGUUUCCUCCGAGCGAGAGGAUAAAGAAUUGCGGGGCAUUGCAUUGCAGUGUGUGCUUGACUGCAACUGCAGAGAAUGUCGGAUUAUUUAUGGUCAAGCAGAGGAGCCGACUCAGUGCUGCCACAGUGUGGCCGACGGUGGUACUGGGCUCAGAGAGGGAAAUACCAAACCCUGCGGGUGAUCUGUCCCUUUAAAAAAAAAACUCUCUCUGUUUAACAUUAAUAACAGCACCCAUAACAAAACAAAACUGGUUUUAAUUGGCCUCCGGAAAUUACAUCCUGUCUGGUUAUGUCAAGAUUGAAAAGAUGUGUGGAGGAGACGUUGGGGAAGGUGGGAACUGGAAGCUAUUUUUCUUUGAACCCAUAUUUUAUAUGGAAUGGGAUGUUUGGACUCGAGCCGCGCCGACCCUGGUUGCUAAUACACGUUCCCUCUAAACAAGGGCUAGGAUUGCGAAGGUCUGUUUGGAUUAGCCUCGGCACGCGAAAGGUGGUUCUCUGUUACCUCUCUCCACAAGAGUGGGAUUUGCAAGUGGAUUUAUACCUUCGGGGGAAAGGGGCUUUUCAGCUUAAGAGGGGAGCGGCCCCUCCGCACCUGUAUUCUAACUUUGUUUGACUUAUGGGGUCGGAUGAAUGGAAACCGGGGUUUUUUCAGGGGGAGGGCAUAAGGGGAGUGCGAGAGGGAGGGAGAGCCCUCCGCCUGUUAAAGUGGUAGUAGCCCUACAUUUGGAAACCGGACUGGAUAAUAUUUGGAAAGAAUUCGCUAGCUGUGCCUGGUUUUGUCUGAACAGGACUUUUCUGGCUCUCUCCCUUCAGGACCUAUGUGUGUUUCUGAGCAUUCUGGAUUUAUCUGAAGUCUUGGGAGAAAGUGCUAUGGAGUAGAUGACCAAAACUAGCCAACUAAUACAUUCAUUGAUGAAUAUUUGUUGGGGAAUCUGAGCUAUUAGACUCAAAAUAACCCUCAGUUGGGAUGAUUCCACCAUAAAUAUAGCAGAGUACUAGACGUAAACUUCAUAACCAGCCUAAACUUAAGUGUGGUGUGAAACCGAACAGUAUUAUUCAUUAAUUGGAUGGCAAUUGAGGGUUUUUUUGCGCUGCGUUUGGAGAAGCCAAGAGGUCCAGUAUUUUCCUACUAUAUAUUCCAAUAUAUUUCUCUGUUUCUCAGUAAGAACGAAACCAAUCCAGAGCAGCGAAAUUUCUUCCUACUUGAUUUGUAUUUACAAGAGCUUUGCUCACGCUUCAGAGUUUGCUAGCUGCUCCUAUUUAUAAUAAUGGUCUGGACGUGGCAUUUGCCUGAUUAAAAUGAACUGGAAGCUAGCCAGGCUAUGAAAGUACUGGCCAUGAAGCAGGGGAAAAAGUUAUCUAUAUACGUGAGGACCCACAGAUUUCACCAAGGACUUUACAUUUACUGAGAUUGAUUAUUGUUGUUUUAUACCUUUAGCUAUUGCUAUAUUUUACUGAUUUUAACCAGGGGGUUUUGUAAAGCGAGAUAUUUAUGUUGGCUGUUAUUGUUUUAUGUUAUUGUUUCUGCAAUGUUUGUAUUUUGUGUGUUUGAACUUUUGAGUGCUUUGUAAGCCGCCCCAGUCCCUCUGGGAAAUGGUGGCGGAUAUAAAUUAAGAUUAUUAUUAUUAUUAUUUACCUAUAACGUCAAACCAAGCACUAUCUCCCCCUUUAAGGAUUAAAUGUAGGUUAAUAUUUACUAAAGCUAGUUUUUGAAACUUUCCCUUCCACUUGGGUCUCUCCUGUUUUGUUAUUCUUUUACAGCAUCUAGCGAAAGUUAUUUAUAUGGGUUCUUAGGAAUGGUUCCUGUUUGUUUUUUUUUGCUUCUAUAUCCACCCCAGCCCCAUACUUUCAAUUGCAUUUAUAGGUGACCCUUUGAGGGGCGAUGGGCGAAUUUCUUUAGAGUGAGAAACAAGAUCAUUGUUGGAGGCAAUCGAGAGCUCGGUGUGAAACUCCAGUUAAGGGACACAAACAAUGCCCACAAUUAGAAAUUUAGGGAGGGUUAAGAGAGAAGAAAGAGCGGGGAUGUUUUAACUCACUGCUGUUUUAUAGAUACCGCAAUCACACUCCGGAAAUGAAACAUAGCAGUUUACAAGAGGCACAAAACCGAUGGCUUUUCGGGCCUAGGGAGAGCCAGUUAGUCCUUUGGAGCCCAUGAAAAGCCCAGGCCCCAAAGAGGCCAGUGUGAAAAGUCUCUGAACAAUUGACCAAAAAGGAAAGUGAGAUUCAACCUUUUGCAGUGCACAUUUAUUUGGAAGCAAGGCCCAAUUAACUCUGGGUGUGUACACACAAAACACAGCCUUGUACUGCUGAAAUUCAUGGGAUCUUUCUGACUUGGCCUGUAGUACUCUCCUCACUUCAACUCUAGAUCCAGUAGUAUAUUGUGAAAUUAUGACCAGGAUUAGAAAACAAAUAAAAACCUCUUGCCUGUCUAAAAAUUAAAUUCACAUUCUAUAACCAUGAAGGUAACAAUAGCUAUUCUAUAACCAUGGAAAGUUGUUGAUUAAAUAAGUAAUAUUUUUACUAAUUCUUGAGAUGCUUGGCUCUGUUGUUUUUCAUCAUCUAAAUCCAGAUACUCAUAGGCCAGAAAUGUGCCUAUCUUACUAUUGAGAUAAAAUACCAAUUAACAGAAACAUGGAGGGGUUUUUUUUUUAAACUAAGACAAUCUGGGCUCUUCGAAGCAACUGAUAAGCGCCUUGAUCUUAUUCAGAUACCUUUGAAGCACAGGCUUGGCCAACAAAUGAACAGAGGUAACAGCAAACACCACAACAGUGUGGAGAGACACCACUUCCUGUCUGGUUCGUGAUCUACCGAUCAAACGAUCGAGUUCAGCUUUAAGAGAUAAGCUUAGCCUCGGAAGGGUUGCAAAAGGCAACAAGAGAUCAGUUCCGCUUCCUUGUUGAUCCAGAAAACUAAGCGCAGCUGGACGUUACACUUCGCUCCUUAUAUUCCGGUGGGAAACAAUUUCAGAUUGUUUAAAGGGUUCAAGGAAGAGGAGCCCGCCUCCUGGAAUCAGGCCUGGUUGAGGAAGGGAGGCACUGGAUGUGUUGUCGAAGGCUUUCAUGGCCGGAAUCACUGGGUUGCUGUGAGUUUUCCUAGGCUGUAUGGUCAUGUUUCAGAAGCAUUCUCUCCUGACACUUCACACUAUAGCAGGCAUCUUAAGAGAUUGUGAGGUCUGUUGGAAACUGGGCAACAUUCACCCUGCCUCAAACAGACAAGAGUUCCUUCUCCCAUCCUGGACAUUCCACAGAGAUAUAAAUCCCACUUGCAUCGUUUCCAACAGACCUCACAACCUCUGCCAUAGAUGCAGGCGGAACGUCAGGAGAAAAUGCUUCUGGAACAUGGCCAUACCGCCCGGAAAACUCUAAAAACCCGUAACCAGGUUGGAAAUCUUCCUAUUCAAGAACAGCGAAAGCUCCACAACUUAAAAGAGGCCAAACAAGGACAUUGGCGGGUCCUGAUGCUUUUCCUAUGUGUGGAUCUUGGGAGGUGAAGGGCUGGAGAAGGGAGGAUUUCCUUAGGGACGCUGGUUUGUGCCUCACUUUGUAAAAGGAUUUCCUUCCGGAUGGAAGGUGCUCCUUGCUCUCUCGGCAGCCCUCCCUGGGUGUGUUGACUUAUUUCCAGCCCCGUCUCCUUCCCAGACACGCAGACAUGUGCACCCCCCCUCCCCAGUUCUCCUCCAGGAGCGACCCUGCUCCUCUCCCCUCCCCUCCCCGUUCCUUGGGCAUCUUCGCCGCCCCAUCGCUCCCGCAACUAACUCCUCCUUUGGGCGACCAUUGGCACCGCGCUGCCCCAUCCAUCUGCCGGGCUCCGGAGGUGGGGAGGGUGUUGUUUGUAACUUUGCUGCCUCGGUGGCGGCGGAUCCCAGGGGAGAAGGCCCUCCGCCGCUCUCUCAUUGGACGCCCGGCCGUCAGCUGGUGCUAUUUGCUGCUGUCGCUUUUGGCGCUCGGCCAUCCAGAAACAAACCCCUCGCAUGACUACUAAUAGUUAUAUAGCCAGAUGUACUAAUACACAACAAAUCACGGGUAUUCCGGGACCUGGGGAGCUUCCAUGAGUUCCUAUUUCGUGAAUCCCCCUUUCCCGGGGAGCUUGCCCAAUGGGCCCGAGACUCCCUUCCUGGGGCAGCUGCCCCUCUACCCGGCGGGCUACGAGGCGCUGAGGCACUUCCCCACCUCCUAUGGGUCCGGAAGCUUGCCGGACAAGACCUACUCCUCCCCUUGCUUCUACCAGCAGUCCAGCAACACCACAGUCAUCUCCUGCAACGACUAUGGCGCCUCGUGCUUCUACUCGGAGAAGGAGCUGGGCGGGGGCGCUUCCUCCUCGCCCAAGCCCCGGGCCCACCACCCAGGGGACUACCUGCCCUGCUUCGCCAACGCCAACCAGCCCUACAAGCCCGAGGCAGGCCCCCACAAAACCCUCAGCGAGGAAGGCAGCGACCGGAAGUACGCCAACCCUGUUUAUCCCUGGAUGCAAAGGAUGAACUCCUGCGCGGGUACAGUGUAUGGGACGCACGGGAGACGGGGCAGACAGACCUACACCCGGUACCAAACCUUAGAAUUAGAGAAGGAAUUCCAUUAUAACCGCUAUUUAACCAGAAGGCGACGGAUUGAGAUUGCCAAUGCCCUCUGCCUUACUGAACGACAGAUUAAAAUCUGGUUCCAAAACAGGAGGAUGAAGUGGAAAAAAGAAAGCAAGUUGAUCAAUUCCACUCAGCCCGGAGAAGAAUCAGAGGAAAAGCCAGGGGAGUAAAAUCAUGCUUUUCAAAAAAGUUGCCACCUCUUUCCCCUUUCCCAUGCCUCUCGGUUAUGUUCCUCCUUCCAGUACAAUCCUCUGCAAUUAUUAUUAUUAUUAUUAUUAUUAUUAUUAUUAUUAUUAUUAUUAUUAUUAUUUUCAGCCUAAGGACUCUCAAAGGCUUGAUGAAAAUAUAUGCCUAUUUAUAGCUCUCUAUAUAUUUGCAAUUAACUGUGAAAUCUUGUCUAGAGCAUUAUUGACUGUAAAAGUGCGUGAUGUACAUAGUCGGGUCUACAACGUAUAGGGUGUUUGGAGUCUAGAUUUUUUUUUUUUUACAAAAUGCAUUCAGUGUUCAACAUUUGAAAGUCAGCAGUUGGACGGUUUGGCUUCUAGAAACACAUAAAAGGCCAGUAGGUUCAAAGGGAAACCUCCAAUUUCUAGAGAGACGAGUUCUCCAGCCUCUUAUUUAUGACUCUGCUGCUAACUAGGGAUAGACUUAUUGUUGCUUAUUGUUCUCCCCCUUUUCAUCUCAGACCAAAAACCCAUUUAUUCCCGCAAUUUCAGCUGAUUUCAAGGUGGCUUAUUUAAAUAAGUUGCCUGCCGCCAUGGCAACUUUAAGGAAUUAUAAAUGUUAUGGAUUGGGAAGCGGGAAAGAUAUAAUUAUUUGCAGGUAUAAUUUGAAUCUAGAAUUAGAGACAACACUUCUCCCUCUCCCAAUAAAAGGGGAGGGGACAUUUCAGCACCUUUUUUGUUGGAUGGAGCUGUUGAUAUGAAUAAUUAAGAGAUUCAAAAUUUAAAAAAAUACUCCCAAGUCUUGCCUUUCUUCCCCACAGUCAAACUACAGGGUGGAAAAAAUAUUUUAAAAUUGGAGGGAGUAUAUCUGCAGGCCAGCAGUGAGUGAGUAAAAUAAUUAUGCAUCAUAGAGGUUUUUCCUCCCCUUUGGACACUGUUAAAUUCCAGUCUCAGUGCUUUUCAAAAUCUAAAUCCAGCCAUGAUAAUGAUGAAAAAGGGUAGAAGGCGGCACACGACGUGGUGUUAAUCCCCAGUACAGUGCAAAUGUAUGUUCGUAUGAGUGUUUGGCGUCCAUUAUGUAUAUGUCUAUGUAUAUAUAGAAACCUGAAAAAAUCUUUUAUUGAUGCUAUGAAAUCUUGACCGCUGGGGCCACGGCUCUGGAUAUAAAUAAAAGCGAUAGAAUGA